AUUUGAGGGGUUAAAAAAUGUGUGGGUGCUGUGAAAUUGGGUAUAAAAUAUGUGGAGAAAAAAGAGACUGGCCGUUGUGUCCUCCCUUGAGCCACUAUUUUUUCUCUUUUUCCGAAGUGAAGGGUUCCAUUUUCUUUGAGUUGCAAUUUACAUUCAAAAUUGAAUAUGGCUAAUAAUUCAGAGCUGCAAAGCUCAGGAAUGCUAUCUAUAGAACAGUUACUUUAUCUUUUUGAUCGCUUCUGCCAACUCACUUCUCAGCCUGAUGUAAAGCAAAAGAUUGUGGAUGCAGUGAAUGAUAAACAGGAAGCUGUUGCUGUUACCACUGCAAUCCAGGAAGGCAUAUUUUUGGAGAUGGGGGUUGGUGAGUUUUGGCCCGUUUGGCAGUAUAUUGAUCCAAGUUUUGGUAUUUCAUGCCUGGGGAAAGUGAAUAUGGUGUAUGAGACUAAUAGGGAUUUGAUGAUUCGGUUUUACAAGUUUGUUGCAAAUGAAGAGAUUGCCUGUGAUGAAGCUGAACUUGGAACAGAUGAGUUUGCUGAUAAAAUGCAAUUUCAACAAAAAUUACAGGAUCAGCAAUUGGAGAUGCUAAAGCACAUGCGUAAAUUUCACCUAGAUGACCAGUCUGCAAUACUUGAGAAGUUGCACCAGCAGCUGCAAAAUGCCGAUUUUAUAGGCGAGGCAUCAGUUUUGUCAUCAGAACAGAUUCAGGACAUUGUUCGAAGGAGAGUAUCACCUUUGUUUAUGCCCAGGUAGAUCAGUACUCAAUGGUCAGAUACUUUUAGCUCCGAUUUGGCUUGCUACAUUGUGCAUCUUUAUGUUGGCAAUUGUUUGUUGUAUCAAAUGCUCAUCAUGUACAAUGAAACUUUGCUGGGAGUUGUGUUUUCCCGUUGUAUUUGAAUUCAUUGUAUUGCAUCUUCUUUUAGCACAUUAUUAUGGGCUUAAAAUACAUCUGUCAGAUGUUUGAUUAUUAUCAGUCAAAAGCCAUGUAAUUUCAGCUGUCA